AUGGUGACUCGCUUACGACUCGUUUCGAGAUCUUCUCGUCUCGCCACCGUCAAAUUAGCUAAGUCUGCCUCCGCAUGCUCAUGUCGUCUCUUCUCUGCUUCCUCCGACACGGCUCACCCUGAACCCGAAUCUCAACCCCCGCCUCUGAAUCCCGUUACCGGAGACGGAGACGGAGAACGACACGAAAAGCUGAGGAAUCUCCGAGUUCUUCUCCAGCAGAAUCGAAUUGAAUCGGCGCGUGGGGUUCUCUCUUCGCUGGUUCGAUCGGAUUUUGCGCCUUUCUCAUCGCCGAAGGAGCUUUUCUCCGCCUUCUCGCUAUCAUCACCGUCGUUGAGAAACGAUUUCUCCUACUUGCUUCUCUCUGUUCUGCUAACCGAAUCGAAGAUGAUUCCUGAAGCUGUGGAUUUGUUUUUCGCGUUGAGGAAUGAAGGUAUUUUUCCCAGCUCAGAUUCGUUAACGCUUUUGCUCGAUCAUCUUGUGAAAGCGAAACAAUACAGAGAGACUAUAAAUGUGUUUUUGAAUAUUCUGGAAUCUGAUUUUCGUCCGAGCAAGUUCAUGUAUGCGAAAGCAAUCCAAUCCGCCGUCAGAUUGAGCGAUGUAGGUAAGGGUUUAGACUUGUUUAAUCGCAUGAAGCACGAUAGAAUCUCUCCGUCUGUGUUUAUCUACAACAUCCUUAUCGAUGGGUUGUGUAAAGCGAGAAAGAUUAAAGAUGCAGAACAGUUGUUCGACGAAAUGCUUAAGAGAAGAUUGUUACCCACUUUGAUUACGUAUAACACCUUGAUCGAUGGAUAUUGCAAAGCUGGGAAUCCUGAAAAGACUUUUAAGGUGAGAGAACGUAUGAAAGCGGAUAGUAUUGAUCCGAAUCUUGUUACGUUCAAUACUUUGCUUAAGGGGAUGUUUAAAGCAAGGAUGGUGGAAGAUGCAGAGAAUGUUUUAAAGGAAAUGAAGGAUCAUGGGUUUGUACCAGAUGCGUUCACUUUCAGUAUUCUGUUUGAUGGUUAUUCGAGUAACGAAAAUGCUGAGGCUGCUUUGGGUGUUUAUGAGACAGCCGUCGAUUCUGGCGUGCAAAUGAAUGCUUUUACGUGUAGCAUUUUGUUGAAUGCGUUAUGCAAAGAAGGGAAGAUAGAGAAGGCAGAAGAGAUUUUGGGGAGAGAAAUGGGUAGGGGGCUUGUCCCGAACGAGGUUAUUUAUAACACGAUGAUUGAUGGAUACUGUCGAAAAGGUGAUCUGGUUGGAGCUCGAUUGAAAAUUGAAGCGAUGGAGAAACAAGGGAUGAAGCCAGAUCAUUUGGCGUAUAAUUGUGUGGUUAGGAGAUAUUGUGAACUGGGGGAAAUGGAGAAUGCUGAGAAAGAGGUUAACAAAAUGAAACUGAAGGGAGUUUCUCCUAGCGUCGAGACAUAUAACAUCCUGAUUUGGGGAUAUGGGAGAAAUGGUGAAUUUGAUAAGUGCUUCGACAUUCUUAAAGAAAUGGAAAACAAUAGGACGAUGCCGAAUGUAGUUAGCUAUGGAAAUCUGAUCAAUUGUUUGUGCAAAGGUUCUAAGCUUCUCGAAGCUGAGCUCGUUAAGAAUGAUAUGGAAGACAGAGGGGUUUUACCCAAUGCAAGGAUAUAUAACAUGCUAAUUGAUGGUUGUUGCUCAAAGGGGAAGAUAAAAGAUGCUUUCGGGUUUUCUGAGGAGAUGCUCGAAAAGGGAAUAGAUUUAAACUUGGUGACUUAUAAUACCCUCAUUAACGGGUUGUCCUUAACCGGAAAAUUAGCAGAAGCUGAAGAAUUGCUCCUCGAAAUCUCAAGAAAGGGUUUUGAACCAGAUAUUUAUACGUAUAACUCGCUACUAUCUGGAUAUGAACAUGCUGGAAACGUGCAAAGAUGUGUCGCGCUGUAUGAAGAGCUGAAGAGAUCAGGAAUAAAACCCAAUUUGAAAACAUAUCAUCUUUUGAUCAAUGCCUGCACCAAGGAGGGGAUAGAGCUCACUGAGAAAAUAUUUGGAGAGAUGUCGUUGGAACCAGACAUAUUAGUUUACGAUAGGGUUCUCCAUUGCUACGCGGUACAUGGAGAUUUGGAUAAGGCUUUUAAAAUGAAGCAGGAGAUGAUGGAGAAAGGAAUUGGUUUCAAUAAAACGAGUUAUAACAGCUUGAUUCUGGGACAACUGAAGGCAGGAAACCUGAGCAAGGCUAAGAAUUUGAUUAACGAGAUGAAAGCCCGGGGCUUGGAUCCUGAAGCUGAUACAUAUAACAUACUGGUGAAGGGACAAUGUGAGGGGAAGGAUUAUAUGGGAGCAUUUGCUUGGUACAGAGAAAUGCAAGAGAAGGGUUUGCGGUUAGACGUUUGUCUAGGCGACGUGCUAGUGACUGGGCUUAAAGAAGAAUGGAGGUCUAAGGAAGCACAUAUUGUCAGUUCUGAAAUGAAUGGUCACAAGCUUGAUGAUGUAACAACAGUGGAAGAGGCUCUAUCUGCAACGGAGAAGCUGUGA